AUGUUGCCGCUCAAUGCCGCGGGGUCCAUUACCCAGUGGACGGGGACCUGCGGAGGUUCUGAGCAGUGGAGCCUGGCGCUGAGCCCAGACCCCCAGGAACCAGAAACGCUUGCCACAGGGGAGGACACCAGUUAUCCCCCUAUAUCGUAUUUUCACUUAAUAAGUAAUUUUCUGAGGCCAGAGAAGCCAACGAAGGCAGUGGUGGGGCUUAUAGAAAAGACCGUGGAAGUGAUGAAGCUGGACCACCAAAUAAAAGAAACUCAAAUCCAGCAAAAGUUGGUCAUGAAGGAGAUGGAGCUGCUACUCAAUGAAAAGUUACCCGUCCAGGCUGAGACCAAGGUCAUGCUGGUAAACCUGACCAUGAAAGCUGAGGAGUAUAUAAGGGACAUCGAAGAUGAGUGCAACAGCGACGCCCAGGAAAGCGGUGAGGUCCCACAAACGAGACGAGAAUCAGAAUCAGCCACGCAAUAUGCGAAGAAAACUUCAGAGCUGAAGACGCCACUGCUCUCCGAGAAUGGCAGGCUGGAUUUGGAGCAGCAGCUGGAGGCGGGGAGGGACAUUUCACUGGUAAAGGAGAAACAGCUCAGAGAAUUGCAGGAGUUGCAGGCAUUGCAGGAGGUGCUGAAGAAAGCCCGCGCUGAGACAGCGGCAAAGGCCCAGGCCCGGUACCUGCAAGAAAUCUCCCUGUUGGAGAAGCAACUGGGUGAGCCGGGCAUGAGCAAGAGAAAAGAAAGGCAGCUGAGGAGGAGGGUCCAGGCCUUGCAGGAGGCAGCAGAGAUGCGUGCUUCUCAGUUGCACCAGCUCUACACACAGGAAGAGUCCGGAGUCCCACCAGGAGUUGGUGCAGACGGCCCAGGCCCAGCAGGGCAGCCAGGAAAAGACUCCCCAGAGCCGGAGACAAAUUGA